AUGAAGGAUCCUGUUCAGCGUACUGAUUCCCCUUACAUCGACCCAACCGUUCAAGGACCUCAAUCCAAGAUCCGUACCUCUGGACACCCCCCCAACAUCAACAAAAUGGCUUCCACCGUCAACAAGACCAGCCUUCACCCCAGCGGUGUUGAGCCUCAUCACGACCACACCGAGCUCGAGGAGGAACUCUACGAGAAGGCCCACAUCGACUAUGACCGUGUUGCCAUUAUCCCCAACCCGUCGGUCCCCGCUCUCUACGAGGAUGCCCUGGUGUACGAGCCGGGCUCUGGCAUCUCGUCCACCGGUGCUCUGACUGCCUACUCUGGCAAGAAGACCGGUCGGUCGCCUUCUGACAAGCGAAUUGUCACGGACCCCGAGUCCGAGAAGAACAUCUGGUGGGGACCUGUCAACAAGCCCAUGACGCCUGAGGUUUGGAAGAUCAACCGCGAGCGGGCCAUUGACUACCUCAACACACGCAAGCGGAUCUACGUGAUUGACGGUUAUGCCGGCUGGGACGAGCGGUACCGUAUCCGGGUGCGGGUGGUGUGCGCACGCGCAUACCACGCGCUCUUCAUGCGCAACAUGUUGAUCCGGCCGCCGCGCGAAGAGCUGGAGCACUUCCACCCCGACUACACCAUCUACAACGCCGGCUCGUUCCCGGCCAACCGCUACACCUCGGGCAUGACCUCGGGCACGUCGGUGUCGAUCAACUUUGCCGAGAAGGAGAUGGUCAUCCUCGGCACCGAGUACGCCGGCGAGAUGAAGAAGGGCGUCUUCACCGUGCUUUUCUACGAGAUGCCCAUCAAGCACAACGUGCUGACGCUGCACUCAUCGGCCAACGAGGGCCGCGACGGCGAUGUCACCCUCUUCUUCGGCCUGUCGGGCACGGGCAAGACCACGCUGUCGGCAGACCCGAACCGGCUGCUGAUCGGCGACGACGAGCACUGCUGGAGCGACCGGGGCGUGUUCAACAUUGAGGGAGGCUGCUACGCCAAGUGUGUCGGCCUGACGCUCGAGAAGGAGCCGGACAUUUUUGGGGCCAUCCGCUUCGGCUCGGUGCUGGAGAACGUGGUAUUCGACCCGGAGACCCGUGUGGUCGACUACGACGACGUGACGCUGACGGAGAACACGCGCUGCGCCUACCCGAUCGAGUACAUCCAGAACGCCAAGAUCCCGUGCCUCUCGCCGUCGCACCCGAGCAACAUCAUCUUGCUGACGUGCGAUGCGCGCGGUGUGCUGCCGCCCAUCUCGAAGCUGAACCGGGCGCAGGUCAUGUUCCACUUCAUCUCCGGCUACACGUCCAAGAUGGCGGGCACGGAGGUCGGCGUGACCGAGCCCGAGGCGACGUUCUCGUCCUGCUUCGCGCAGCCGUUCCUGGCACUGCACCCGAUGCGCUACGCGCAGAUGCUGGCCGACAAGAUCGACGAGCACCAGGCCAGCGCCUGGCUGCCCAACACUGGCUGGGUCGGCGCCGGGUUCGCGCAGGGCGGCAAGCGCUGCCCGCUCAAGUAUACGCGCGCCAUCCUGGAUGCCGUGCACUCGGGCGAGCUGGCCAAGGUCGAGUAUGAGACCUACGACAUCUUCAACCUGCAGGUGCCCAAGACCUGCCCCGGCGUGCCGUCCGAGCUGCUCAACCCCAAGGGCGCCUGGACCGCCGGCCACGACAGCUUCAAUGCCGAGGUUCGCAAGCUUGGUGGCCUCUUCCUUGACAACUUCAAGAAGUACGCGUCUGAGGCUACCGAGGACGUCGUCAAGGCCGGCCCCAUCCUGUAG